AUGCUCUCUGUAAACGGCAUAAUUGGUUUUAACAGCUUGCCUAUCCCUGGCCUUUUUGUUUUUGAAGCUUCUGGUUUUGGCUGUAUCUUCAGGCAAAGCUCUUACUUGAACUUUUGCCGCGUGGUAUAUGCUGUUGGGAUACUCUUAGGAGAUCGUCCAGGAAUGGUGGAUCACUUGCUGCCUACUGAUGAGUCUUUUUCAUCUACAAGAUCUCCUCUUGGAUACUUUGGGGACAUGACAGCAGGGGUGAGGUCCUACCAAAUGCUGCCCUCACCCCUGUCAGAAGAUGACAGUGACUCUUCCAGCUUUUGUUCCUGUUCCAGCCCUGAUUCCCAGGUUCUCAGCUCUAGCUAUGGGAGCACAUCUAGUGCCGAAAGCCAGGACAGUAUCUUAGACUACUUAUUGUCCCAGGCAUCUUUGGGGAACGCUGCUGCAGCUUGGUGGAACAGAAGGAGACGUCAGCCCACAGUGAAAGAGGAGUAUUUUAGGUUGCCUGAAUUUGCAGUGGAUAUGGAAGACUCUGGACCAUUUCAGCCUACGCUUGAGGAAAUUGAGGAAUUUCUGGAGGAAAACAUGGAGUUGGAGCUCAAAGAAAGACCUAAAAGUGAGACCAAGGACUUGAGAGCUUGCAGCCAAGUUUCUGUUGCUUCAAUACAGCAAAAAGACCAUAUGGUACCCAGCGCUAGUUUAAAAGAGAGUAAAAAUGAACAAUUGAGCAGCUCAAUGGAAGGUGGCCAGUCUUCAAAUGGAGGAAUGUCCCUGGAGAAUGGUAUACCAGUUAUGCUCCAAAUCCAGCCUGUACAGAUCAAACAGGAGUCCAACACGAGCCCUAGUUCCCAAGGACCAGCACAAGAGAAUAUUAAAGUUGCACAGCUCCUAGUCAACAUCCAAGGACAGACAUUUGCCCUUGUGCCCCAGAUAGUUCAGUCAUCCAAUUUGAACUUGCCCUCUAAAUUUGUCCGCAUUGCUCCCGUCCCCAUCGCCGCCAAGCCAAUUGGGCCAGGAGGCAUGAUCCAGGGUCAGACAGGAAUCAUCAUGGGUCAGAAAUUUCAAAAGAGCCCUGCAGCAGAACUCAUUAAAAUGCACAAAUGUUCUUUCCCUGGCUGCACCAAGAUGUAUACGAAAAGCAGCCAUUUGAAAGCCCACCUGAGGAGGCAUACAGGAGAAAAGCCUUUUGCAUGCACGUGGCCAGGUUGCGGAUGGAGGUUCUCCAGGUCAGAUGAGUUGUCCCGGCACAGACGUUCCCACUCGGGAGUGAAACCGUAUCAGUGUCCCGUCUGUGAGAAGAAGUUUGCUCGAAGCGACCACUUGUCCAAACAUGUCAAGGUGCAUCGGUUCCCACGAAGCAACCGCUCCGUCCGCUCUGUGAACUGAUUGGUCCCACUUUCCCCUUCCCACCCAGACAUCCUGGAACAGACGAAGACAGCACUUUGCUCACUAUAUUUCUAGUGAUAAUUUAUUUGUCUCCACAGAACAGUCAAUGCUGUUACUUGAUACCACCAUGUCCGAGUGUCCCAUGUCCUUUAAACAUGAUUUGAGAAUUAAGUUCUUUUGGGUCAGGGGAGGGGGGUGUUUCUUCCUUUUUUUUUUUUUUUAAGGAUAUUAUUUUCUUUUCCUUCUAUCUUUCCCUCCUUUGCUGCUGCUUCUUUUGGAAAUUACAGUGUUUUAUUUUUAGCUGUUUUCUGCUGCACAGGAAAAUGUAAGAGUUGCUUGCUGCUUCUUAAUUAUAGCCCUAGCAUUCCUGAGGGCUUUGCUCAUGUACAGGCCAUUCAUUGUGAGUUUUUAUUAAGCUGCUCUAUUUGUCCAGUUUGGAAACAGCAAAUUCCUUUUGAAAUGAAAACAACUCCUUUGUUUUUGGGUUGCUUUAGCCAAGGAUUUGUAGGGGCCGGCAAUAGGAGGAGGAACAGUGGGAGUCGGGGGGAGGCAAGGCAUGGAGAGCACUGGAAUGCAUCUCCUGACCCCUUGGGUUUCUCUGGCUCACACUUACCUCUUCCUUGGUGAGGGCUAUAUAUACGUAUAUAUGUGUAUAUGUGCAUGUAUACAUACAUAUAUAUAUAUUCAAGCAAAGGCAGAUCCCAAGCAAACCUGGAAGCUCAGGCUGGAUUAACUGGCCUGGAGUGGAGGCCUUUUGUUGAAGCUCAGUGGACGCCAUGUGCACGCUUUUCACACCCUGUGCUGCUGUUGAGGAUGAAGGAGGCCCACACGUUGAAGGAAACUUUGCUUUCCUUUGGUGCUGGUUGACAGUGUCCACUCACUUUAGCAGAAGGGAUGUUGUCUAGUGCUACAAGCCACAGGAGGCCAUUUGUCAGAACUGUGAGGCUCAGCUCCUGUCUCUGCUCUUGGCUUUUUGUGUGAUGCUGGGGGCGAAACUGGAGCGCCCGCUCUGGAGGUGCCCGGCAGUCUUCGGUGAGCACUGGGCACCCUGAGUGCCCACUACACCACCCUGCGCGAACUGAAGGUGCUCACACCUCGCUGGUGGGGGCUGAGCGUCCGGGCCAGGCUCCGUUUCCCCAUCCAUCCACCGGGGUCUUGUCAGAUGUAUUGGUUCCUGUGGGAGGUUGGGAGGCAUCGUGGCCUGGUGUGACACCACCGUGAGAUCUUCUGUCAAAAGGUGAUCGUAAGUGCUACAUGUUUUUCUUUUCCUACCAACAGCCAUGUCAGAGCUCCACACAGCUGGGGUGGGCAAAUGGGUGAGAACAGUAGCCAAAAGAAACAAAUUUACAUGGUAGCUGGCUAAGAAGGGAAUUUAAACAAAUAAUCAGAUGGUAGCAGGCAAGUGAUUAUGUUUGUGUUUCUUCUUGUUUUGUUUUUCCUUUUGGACUCUGGCGAUUGUAAGAAGCUUUAGAUGAAAAUAGGAUUCAGUAAUUAGAAACGAUUUUAUAAUGGAUGUUACAUUUCCUUUCCAUUCGCAGAUGGCAUCUGUUUGUCUUUUUGUUGACAAAACCGGAAAUAGAACACUGCAAUUCUAGCGCUAGGUAGUGCAGGAGUCCAUGCUGUAUGUAAGAGCAGUAGGUCUAGCUAAAGCGAAUGCAUUCCUUUCGUCCUCUAGAAAUUAAUAUAAAUGAACUAUCAUCUAUUGACUGGUUUAUAUCACAUCCUAUGAAUGUAUGUAAAUAAAACUGUACAUAGAUGCAUAUCUAUAUAAAAUAUCUUUUAAUAACGUAUCAAAAUUUGUGUAAAUUGGAAACAAAAAUGCCUAUAAAGCCAGUGUACAUAAGUUACAAUUCUGUAUAUUUUCUUUUGUUCUUCAUAAAAAUAUAUUUACUUUGACAAUAAAAUGA